CACUCCGGCGUUCAGAGAACUUUUCUUCUGCCUCUUCCUCCUCUGGUGGCUUUGUCUCUCUGUGAGUGGCACCGUGGCAGCAAGACUGACAAUUAGUUUAGAACAACCAAGUGUCACACUGCCACAGCUAUAGUCGUGGUCCUCAGGAGAAUAUUGACCACCCACUACUGAAUCAACAUGUUACGACGGAAACCAUCCAACGCAUCUGAAAAGGAGCAGGCCCAGGUGCAAAAGAAAAAGCUGACCUUGCAAAGGUCCAGCAGCUUCAAAGACUUCAUGAAGCCAAAGCCAUCAUCACCCAUAGUGAACUCUGAGGCUACACUGGAAGAAACGCAGCUGGAAGGUGCACCACCUGAGGAUUCAGCGAAAAGUAACGGGAAACUGGGCAAGAAGUGGAGAAAUGUCAUCACUCGCACAAUGACCCGUAAAACCUCCAAGAUGGUACAGAAAGUCCUUGCGGAGGAGGGGCAUGACAGUGGAGAGGACGGCUCUGUGUCUCCCAUGUCUCCAAGUGAAAUGAUGCCAGAUCUCACAGGGAACAGAAUGUCUGUCUGCUCCAACAGCUCAGAGGACACAUUACACAGCCCUCUCACACGCCAGCUCUCUGGAUGUGCUGACAGACAGAGUCUGGACAGUGGCUUCAGCCAGAGAGACAGUAUGAGAUUGGAGGACAGCACCUACACAGGGCCCUUCUGCGGCAGAGCCCUCGUCCACACUGACUUCACCCCUAGCCCGUACGACAUCGAAUCUCUCAAACUACAGAAAGGAGACAUCAUCCAGAUUAUUGAGAAGCCACCAGUAGGCACCUGGACUGGGAAACUCAACAACAAAGUAGGCUCCUUUAAAUUCAUCUACGUCACAAUACUACCAGAGGAGGACACGCCGCCAAAGAGGAAGCGAUGCCAGAGUCAGGGACGCAAAAACAAACCCAAACCACAAACCUUGGAGGAAGUUCUGGAGAGAAUAGGCCUUACUGAGCUGGGAUCUCUCCUGUCCAUGCAUGGCUUCCAGAGUUUGGAGGAUUUCAGCGGCCUGAAGGAGUCCCACCUGAACGAACUGAACAUUACAGACCCUGAGCAACGUGUGAAGAUCCUGAAAGCGACAGAAUUGCUUCAUGAAUCGGAGGACGAAUCCGAUGCAGAUGAGCAAAAGACUGAAAUGCCACGGGACUCGGGUUGUUACGAAAGCACAGAGAACCUGGCAAACGGACGUGAGGAGCCACAAGUGGAAUCCCAACCGGAUCCGGAGACUGAUCCGGACACAGAAGCAAAGCUCAAUGCAAUUCAGGAGCAACUGGAGGAGAUAAAGGUGGAGGAUAGUCCUGAGAGCCAAGCAGAGUGAAACCACCAGAAUGUUUUGAUCCUGCUUGUUAGAAAGCUCUCUGAUGGAUGGAGAGUAUGUCAUAUCCACAUGCUGGAAAGAAUUCCAUGAAAAAGGACUAGUUCUUAUGCAUAGCCUAUACAGAAGCCAAGAUGGUAUAAAGGUCUUGAAAGUACUAUCAUCAGAACAUGGCUGUUCUCUGACAUUAUUCAGAAGAAAUCUAACUGGAAGGCUGGAUUUUGAAAAACAGACUGUAUAUAGUGAUAUUCAGUGGAUUUAAUCUACAGCUAUGUUCUUACAUAACAUUAGUAUGCUGGAAUCCCAAACGUACUGAUUUUACUCACAAGGUUGAAUAUUUAAACCAUCUUUUCUGUUAGGUUAUGUACUAUAUGUAUGACCUAACUGUGAUUCUCUAAUAUCUGAGAUGUUUCAUCUUCAUCAUAUCUUUAGCUAUGAAGUAGCAUUUUAUAUACUACUAUUCUACUGUUUCUGUCAGAAUGAAUGUA